AGGGAAGAAUAUUUCAUCCUCAGACUAAUGCUAAAGCGGGACCAGAAUUCUAUUUCAAUGCCGCAGACAAUCUUGCAAAACUGCACAAAUACAAUCCAAGAGAUUUGGGUUUGACUAAAUAUAUCUCUCACAAAGCCAGCCAUGCAAAACGACAGGUAUGUAUACUCGUUUAGUAUUUCUACGAGGUUCAGUAUUGCCAUUGAUACAACUUCCACUCACUUUUAGAGCUUGUGCAUAGAGUUGCCCUAACUGUUGUAUUGCUAAUCAGUAAUCUGCCAAUCCCAGUAAGAUCCUAGUAAGAUCCUACAGGCUUCUGUCCAGUUCCUAUUGGAUCCUGAUGGAAUUAUGGUGCAAUAAUUGUAUAUUGCCUUGUGGGAUCCUCUCGUAAUCCUAUAGGAACCUGGGAGUUUCUGGUAGCAAGAUCCUAUAAAGUUCUGUAGGAACCUGGGAGUUUCUGGUAGCAAGAUCCCCUGAAGUUCUUUUAGGAUCCUGCCAUGAUCAUGUGGAAACCUGGAAUGUUUCUGCUAGCAAGAUCCUCUGAAGUUCCUGUAGGAUCCUGUCGUAAUCUUAUAGGAACAUGGAAUGUUUCUGACAGCAAGAUCCUCUGAAGUUCCUUUAAGAUCCUGUCAUGAUCCUGUGGAAACAUGGAAUGUUUCUGCUAGCAAGAUACUCUGAAGUUCCUGUAGGAUCCUGUCAUAAUCCUAUAGGAACAUGGAAUGUUUUUGCUAGCAAGAUCCUCUGAAGUUCCUGUAGGAUCCUGUCAUAAUUCUAUAGGAACCUGGAAUGUUUCCAAUAGCGAGAUUCUCUGAAGUUCCUGUAGGAUCCUGUCAUGAUAUAGAAUCCUGAAAUAAUAAUACUGGGAUACUGGCAAGAUCUUAACCUGGAAACUUUAACCAGCGAGUUUUUAGUGUGUAGGAUCCUAAUUCCUGUCAUAUGAAAAGCAACCAGCUGAUGUCAAUCGUAUACUAGCUAGGUGUAUGGGAAGUAUCAUAAACUUAUAGGUUGAAGUUGAACAUGUACUUUUAAUGCUUAGGUUCUCACUUGGUCAAAACAAUACAAAGACAGCACAGACAAUUUUCUUCCUGAAGCAGAAAUUUUGAUCAAAACUUUAUGGGAUAUGUUGCCCUCUGACUGCAAACAAGACUGUAAGAACAAAGUGGUGGAUUUAUACUAUUAUUCAAAGAUCGCAGACACUCAGUUCAGAGUUAGAUCGAUUACAUAAUUCUUAAUUGUUUCAGGUAUUGUGCAUGGCGACUACAGACUGGAUAAUAUGAUAUUUCAUCCUGUGUUGGUAAGUUUGACUACAUGUUUCUAAUUACUGUAAUAGGGAUUCUACACGCGUAAAAAUUGAGAAAAUCAACAACUUGUUUCAGGUUGAUAUUAACAGGCGUGAACAAGGUGGUGCGGCCCACUAUGAACAGUGUUGUCAACAUGUUGUUACAGCAUUGUUCAACUGUAACAACUUGGAACAACAUGGUUGACAACUUGUUCAUAGUUGGCCGCACAACAUUGUUCACACCUGUCAAUAUCAACUUGGAACAACCUGUGCGUUUUUAGCCGUGUAAGAUUGACGUUUACCGCAGGCCACAAACGGCAAACUUCAAAUCGCAUUUGAAAGUAAGGCCUACAGUUUUGACAGCUAAAAGUAGCUAAUUCAUUCUUCAAUUUUAGUACACUAGUUGCCCUAACUUCGAACAGCUAACAGUUGACGAUUUGAAGUUUGCGGUUUGCCGUAAACGUCAAUCUAAAAGUCCCUAAUAUGGAAAUCUUCGGUCUUGUGUAUCUGGUAUAAAAAUCAAAAUUAUUCGCUUUUGACUCAAAAACCUGUUAUAUUCGAUACAAAGUACAAUCAUUAUGGUAUGAUGUAGAGAAAUUGUACUUAUUCUUUAGUCUACUAAGUUUAAAAUUUCUGUUACAAAAACUUGUUCGCUAACCGUUUGUCUUUUGUCUUAGCCUGUCGUGAUUGCCGUUCUUGACUGGGAAUUAGCAAGUAUUGGUGAUCCAAUGAUGGACCUAGCUUAUACUUGUAUGAUAUAUCACUACCCUCAAGAAAUCAAAGUGAUCUUUCCAAAUCAUAACAACGGUAUGUAUAUAGUCUAUAUAGAUAUAAUUUUUUCCGAUGUCAUCCACUCAGAUGAAGUUAUAUGUUUGUGAUGUUGUCUCCGAGUAUGUCCACACCGGGCAAACUGAAAACUUUGCUUGACCGCGGUGGGAAUCGAACCCGUGACCUUUGGUUUGCUAGUCCAAUGCUUUAGCAAAUGAGCUACGAGGUCAAUUAAGUCGGUUUUAGUGGGUGAUAUUUCGGAACUCAGUCAAGACUGUCAAGUUUCUUCGAUAUCAGUGUGUUUUUACGAUCUUGAUUUUUUGUUUCUGGUGUUUAUAUGCACUCAGGUGAAGAUAUACGUUUGUGAUAUUAGAGCGUUAUUUCUUGCGAUUGAGUUGGACUCGUGCAGUUUACUAGAUUUCAAAGUGUGAUACAUGUUCUUGAUUUCGGCCGCUACCUGAUGUUGGACAGAAUUCGUGUGAGCAGGGCCGUGCCACCUGUGUGUGUGUGGUGUGUGUGUGUGGUGUGUGUGUGUGUGUGUGUGUGUGUGUGUGUGUGUGUGUGCGUGUGUGUUGUGUGUGUGUGGUGGGGGUGUAUCAAAGAAAAGUAAACAAGGGGGCCCUGGAAAGCGGAACGUGUUAAAUAUUAAGGAAUUCUCUGGAAAAUUGGUCUAAAAAGGUCUUCAAAACUAAAUUUAAGCCUCCAUUAUGUAAACCUAGUGUUUGAAAAAAUAUUUGGGGCCUCCCCCCCUCCCCAGUAUUUUCCGGAAAAUUCUUUGGUUUCCUGAAAAGUUUUUUUGAAGGGGCCCCCAAUGGGAGGGGGCCCAAAUGUUUUAUUUCACCCCCAACCAAAAACCACUUGGCACGGCUCCUGCGUGUGAUUACUAAGUUAGAUAUAGUUACGACUUACGAGUAGACAUAGUUAGACAUAGUUUGAAUGUAGGAUACCCUGAGAUGAUCUGAUCAUGCAUGGCUAUUGAAUGAAGGAGACUCACAAAUGUUGUACACUUAAUCUGCCAUAUAUCUAGAGUUAAAAUAUCACAUUAAAAAUGAAGUGUCACAUUUUCAUAAAUAUUGUAUUGUUAACAAUGUUAUUCAUGGUGCUAAUUUUAUCUCACGCAAUUCGGAUGAUUUUAUCUGAUGUAAAUGACAAAUUCUGUAGGAUUUUGUGCAUGAACAUGUCAGUCAAUUUUGUUGGCCAAUCAAAUUCUACGUUCAGAAAUUUUCGGUGUUUAGGAAAACCUCUUAUGAGAAAACUUAAAUUAACCUAAAUUAACGAAAGAACACAGACUACGUUACAUUUAGUCAAAUCUGCAUUUAGACUAUGGGUCGACAUAAAAAUUUCUGCUAUAGAAGCGAAUAUCGGCAAUUUCAAGUGCCUCAUUUAAGAUUUUAAGAUAUUCAUAAGCUUCAUGUUCCUUCAGAAGCUUUUUGUGUAGAAAGUAAAAUGGCCAUCGAAUAUGGAUAUUUUUAAUUUGGAAGGCAUCGUCCCAGCCUAAUCUUUUCAAAAUAAACUGGUUGAGUUGACGAUUUCUUCUUCGUCGUCCGGUAAACCACCAUUGAAGUUCCUUCUGUAUAUUUGGACAAUUGUUUGUGUGGACGUGAUGCUCUUUCAUUUCACGCAUGUAUAUUUCACGCGUGCAUAGUGACCAGUAGUAAUCACGACGAACCGGUAUUUUAGCACAUUCGGACGUAUCUGGCACCUCGGAAUUUUCUAAGGAUACUGCUUCUUCAAACUUCGGUAAGUUGUCAUGAUAACCAGGGCAAUUGCUUAUACGUACAUCCUUACUUUCGUACAGUAGCUCUUCUUCUGUGGUCUCACGUGGUGGAUGAUACAAGUAAUUGGAUGCCAUAAUAUAGUCGAUUUCACGAUCCGGAUAUUGAGCAGCCGAUACACUGCCAUAAGCAAAUUCGUUAUCGAUAUUGUUUUGAUCUGUUUUUUGUGUAUUUCGUAUUUCAUCUUUUGAACCGUACCAGACACCAGCCGCUUUAAACAUUACUUUAUCACGUUGGUGAAUAUCAGCAAUUUUCUCAGAAAAUUUAUCAAUUACUCCUCCGUUUCUGACACUGUCAUAAAAUUGAGCCAGAUACACCGGAUCUAACCGGUGUUUAUUCAAGCAAUUUAUUGGCAAACUCGGAAAUAUCUCUGAUGCUUUUUUGUGAACAUAUCUCAACACAGUUAUCCCUUUUACUGCUGCCAUAUGAAGUGGAGAGAGUGCUUCUAAGAUCGGGCCACAUGGGAAGUGGGAUCUGUAUUCUGGCGUUGUGCUAAAAAACGUUUGCAAUAAUUCUUCGAACACCUGAUUUCGAUAUUUCGAUGUUGUGACAAGAACUUGCAAAUUGAGUCCAUACCAGUAUCGGUAUCUUAACGGUACAGUUACUGCAGUAAGUUCUCCAUAGCUAGUAUCUCCUAAGUACAAUAUAGAAAUAUCAAGAGCAGUUAGACCACUUCGUGUUUUCAGUUGUGUGUUAACUCCAAUACUUUUAAACCAUUUUAUAGCGGCAAGAUUUCCGCCUUGGGCAGCUCUGUGUAUUGGUAAAAAUCCUUCGGCAUCAUAGCAUUCGUCCAAUAUGCGAACACCUCUAGGAUCACGGUCAAUUAAUCUUUGUAAGGCUAAAAGUUUUGUAUUUAAAGAAGGUUGAAACAGAAAGGAAAUUCGGUGCAGUUCCGAUUUGGAAAAGGACACUUCACAUUUUAGAGAAAUAUCAACUUCAAACAUAUUCAACACUUCGCUGACUUCCCGACCGCCUGUAUCUAAGUGAAGUAACAUCACGGAACUAGAUUCACUAAAUAGACAAUUUAAAUAAAAUCCAAUUUUCAACAAGGCAUACAAGCUCAAAGGCAUUCGUUUUACUAUGACCUGUUCCAACAUGUACUUACUUUCACUAUCACAUUCUGAAAAACUUGAUCUUUGUAACAGAAUCAGGUACCUCACAGUUUCAUCGUAGCACGUCGUGUUGCAGGAACGAAAUUGACGAUCGUUUGUAGUGUAGCAGCGAUACGAAGCACUUGGAUGUAGAUCAUUAACUGGUGAGUUCUUUAGCGCAAUCAUUAAUGGAGUGUCACCAUGUUGAUUCUUUAUAAGGUCGUCCGCGCCAAGAUCGACCAGGUACUUUACAGCAUCUUCAAAUCCAUAUGAAGCAGCGUAAUGUAAAAGCGUCAUCCCAUCUUCUAUUUUGGCAAACAAAUAUUUCCGAUAAGUUCUAAUUAAUAAUUGAAUAAUAUUCAAGCGCCUUUCCGAUUCUAUCUUUGUUUCUUCUACCUGAGAAAGAUUGUUUUCUUGAAAUGCUUUCAAACAAUGAGAUACUGAAAACUUCUUAAACAUAGUUUGCACAUUGUCAAAUGGCGACCAUUUAGUACUUUGCAGUAAAAGAUCCCAUACGUUCUUGUCUUUGUCAUCAAAGGGAUUAAUCGUAAUCAUAUCAAAUCGAUCAAUUAAAAACAGUUUCGCUACAUUGACGGAACAGUAUGCUACUGCAGAUUGGACAGCAUAGGAUCUGUUUAUAUAUAUUCCUAUUUUUUUUAUGGAAGUAUCAAGAUUGUGAACAAAAUCUUUCUGGUCGUACAUGAUAGCAACACGUAGAAUACUAUUGCUAUCCUCAUUUUUUAACUCUGCUAUUUUGUAAAUCGGUCCAUUUAAUAAUCGCUCUGCCACCUCCCGCAAUCCAUAUUUAGCGCUUAUAUGAAUAGCUUUGUAACCGUCUUCACAACCUUCGUUUCCGCAGUAAACUGUGUACAAAAAAUCUUGCUUGAACGUAGAGUACAUAGAGCACAUAUCCCAAUACUUCCAUCUUAUCCUUCCGCACUCUGUAGUCACAUUGGCUCCAUGCCUCAACAGCAGGUCUACCAUUUUAGUAUCAUUCCUUUCCACAGCAUCCAUCAAAGCUGUCUUACCGGAAUGAUGCUUACAUUCUAGAGAUUGCUUUCCGUACGCUAACAAAACCUCUACAAUAUCAUCCAGUCCUCUUGAUACUGCAGCAUGAAGAGCAGUUUCACAAAAAAUUAUGUGAGCCUCCUGUACCGUAGUUCUUGUAUUCAUUUGGCAUGGUAUACAAGUAUCACGCAGUCCGACUGUCUGCAAUAGAAAGUUCACAACAGCCAAAUGAUUUCUUGCCGCUGCGUGAUGAAGUGUGGUUAGAUCAAACGUUCCGCCAUGAUCAUAAAACAAUUCAACCACUUCUAAAUGCCCAUUUCCUGCUGCUAAAUGAAGUGGUGUUGGAUAAUUCGUGCUGGAGUUCGGAAAGCUUAUAUUUCUUUUUAUCAAAAGUUCAACGACAUCCGCGUGCCCUUUAGAAGCUGCUGCGUGCAUCAAGCUAAACUCCUCGAUACCUGCGUUUCGAACAAAAACGGAGACUGUGUCUAGCUCUGUGUGUCCUUUCAUGAAAGAACUAAUAUCUGCUCCAUGGUUAAUACAACUUUGCAAACUUCUCACAAAACCUUCAGAUGCUGCAUAAAACGCUGGCGUUUUGUUACUGGAAUCCAGUACGUCGACCGUUUCAAAUUUAUCUGACAAGAAAUCAAGUACAGGUAGAUAUAUGGUUGGCUGUGUCACGAGAUAAUGCAGUAUGGAUUGAUUAGUGUGCGGCUCGCGCAUCUCUGCAAUAUUAAAAAGAUUCAUAGCUGUUUCCUGCAUUUCUGAAGCCUGUCCUGACAGAAUGUGCAUAAAAAGUUCAGUUAGGUCCUCAAACGUGACAUUCACGUGUCUGUCACGCAUGCGACGCAAUAAAAACUUAGCGAUACUCUGAUGACCUCUAGUUUUGUUAAUUAAGAGAAGAGGAGUCUGAUUUAUCAACCAAUCUGCAAAAGAUUGAUGAAAUAAUCUAAUUGUCCCACCACGCCCAAAUCGCAAGAAACAAGACACAUGAUCAGUAAGUUUAGGAAUAUCCUCCGCUUCGUACUCGCUUUUAAGAAUUUCCUCAACAUCUUGGGAUUGAAGAGGUGAAUACACCGCUAACAACACUUCAAAAAGAGACCUAAAUGGCUCAAAUCCAUCCUUACCAAAUUGCCUGUUAAAAAAGCUGCUAUACAAAGCAAACAGAUUUGUUGGUAAGCUGUGAAACUCAACUUUCCUGCCUGUAUCGUUCAGGUAUUGCAAUGUCAUCCUUACAAACAAAAAAUUUCCUUCUGCUCGCGUAAUCACUUCGUUCAGGAAGAUUUUUAUACCGUCUGUUCUUGAUCCAAUAUUAACUGCCAUCAACAAUCUGUCUAAAAAUUCUGUAUUUUGAGAUAUAAAACGCGAUACAUAGUAACGAAUGUCAUUAACAUUCCGUUCGUCCAUGGCGUACAAUGCCAUCCUAGUCAUCAGCAUUUGAGGAAGUCUAGACGUAACCGAGGUCAAGUUUCGAGAGGUCAUUAUGACUUUUAACCACUUUGGGAAAUGUAGUAUUUUAUCUUGCAAAAUUUCCAUAAUUUCGGACGUUUUCAUAUCGCUUUCGAAACACUCGUCUAAAGCAUCUAUCACAAUAAAUCGGAGGCCAUCGGGUUGUUUUAACUUUCGUAAAGGUCCUACAAUGGUGGUAAAGAAACAACCGGUAGGAUCUUUGUGACAACGUGUAUCUAGUUCUGCUCGUAUCUGUUCAUUGUUCAUCACAAUUUUGGAAUAUUCUGGAAUUCGGGCUGCAAUUUGAUCAACUAGAUUACGCACGAAUCUUGCUCCGUCGCGUUUUCCCUUCUCUGAAUAUUCACACAGAUGAUAACCAAUGGUAUUAUCGUGUAUUAACAAGCUGGAAUAUCGUGAACAUAUCAAUUGCGACAUUACUGCUGAUUUGCCAGAUCCUGGCACUCCAGUAAUCAGGACACCGGUAGUUACUUGGUUUUCUUCGAAGAUGCUUUCUAAUUCCAAGAAAAACCAUUUUCGGCCAACGAAUCCCUCUCUCUUGUAUGCCAGGUAAGAAGAGAAGUCAAAUUCUUGUAAUUGGAACUGGCUGAUAGGCGAUUUGAUCACAGCAGUGGGACAACCUAGAAUGUUAAAAAGAUUUUUUUUAUGAUUUUUAGAUAAUAUUCUCUUUGGCAAUUAGGGUACAUGCUUCUGUGAGCCCCUGAUCUUUUAUCCAUCUAACAUAGUCUGGUUAUUUUAACUGGUCAAACAUAACCAGAUUCCUCGUUACAUUAACCAGACUAUGGUACGCAACCUCGUACCCAGGUUGGUUCUCAAUCUUCCCUCCUACCUCGCUUGAAUUGAGACCCUGGUAUCGGCUGGUCGCGUGACUCGUCAUAUUUUGGCAGAUUUGCUCAAUUGUUUUAGGGAAAGUAUAGUAUAAAGUAGAUAUUGUAGUAAAAAAUAUUAAAAUAACAUAUUAACAUUACAAAACAAAACAUCUCAGUUACUAUCCUUUCCCUAAAAACAAUUGAGUUAAUCCGCCAAGAUAUGACGGGUCACGUGACCAGCCGAUACCAGGGUCGCAAUUCAAGCGAGGUAGGAGCGAAGAUUGAGAACCUGGGUACGAGGUUGUAUGGUACGCAGGAAGUGAAAUAAAAUAACCAGAAAAUGGAACCAGGAAUAUUAGGUUAACCCAAAUAGGGUUAUUUCUAGGUUAACCAAAACAAUUUUAACUAAAGGGUGUUUUUAGAGUGUGAAGAAUAUGGACCAAUUACGAUUUUGUGCCUUGAAACAAGUGAUUAAUUAUAAUUUCCUUACUCGAUCCUUAUGAAAUGCACAAUGGUUCCCUAAUGCUAUAUGACUGUGACAAUUCUAUGAGUCAAGGGAGAUGUUUAUUAAUAAUUCGGGGUAAGCUUACAAAAAUCAAUCCUACCAUAGUCUGAUAUCACACUUUUGUCACCAACUUGAGAAAACAUGAAAGCUGCCAUCAAAGACCACAGCAUCCCAGGAAAGUUGCGCAAAAGGGGAGACACUGUGAGUAAUAAUAUUGUAAGGAAAACACUCAAAACUGAACUCAAUUUAUCAAUAACAUGUACUAAUUUGUAGUCGGGCUUUUUCAGAGCCCUAAUAAUUUCGUCUUUGGUUUCGUCUAUCUUUUCUUUUAGUCCGUGAUCCUGCUGGUAUUCCCGAAUGCGUCGACAUUCCUGAAUAAUCUUUAACUCGUCAUUCUUUAAGAUUGAGAGAUCUGCCGUUUCUAUUUCUUUAAUAGCUUUGUUGCAAUCUUGGACCUCUUUGAUGCCAACGAGUUCAGGGUCCGUCAUUAAGCAGUCAAUAUCUGCCAAUGCAUCUUUUUUCUCGUUCUUGCUUAGCAUGUGAUCUGGUGCAUGAGCCCACUUAUUCCGCCAAUCUCUGACAGCUUCUAAUGCAGCUGGUUGAAUUUUGAAAUGAUUACAGAAUAUUAACAAAUUGAGAAGGGGGCUACUGUCUGUGGUGCUAGGGUCCUUAGUUGUGGCCAAAUUUUUUCCUAAAUUAGACAUGAACAACUUUGCAAUCUCCCAAUAUCCAAGAACUGGAUCAUGCCAUUGGCUACUAAUGCUUUGAUGCCAAGGAAUGUCACCUUUUCGUGGGAAGACAUGAAAAUUCUUUAACUGUUGAGCCCAAAUGCAACUUGUUGUCGGUGUUCCAUGAGGAUUUGGUUUCUUUCCAGGGGUAGACGUGCAGUGGCAUUUGACUCCAGGUCCGCCGACAUUUGUUGUUAUCAAAGCAUGAAGUUCCUUCAUUUUAUUCUCAGCAUAUUUCCGAAGGCCAUCACUGAGAAGAAUGAGAGCUUCACCAACAGCCAGCCAGUGAAGAUGAUCAGGAUUAUUUCUCAUUCGCAACAAAUCUUGAACACCAGGAUUACUCAUUUUGUUCAACCAAGUUGUACACGUUAUAAAAAUAUUUUAGUAUAAGUACAGUAUAUGAUAUAUUUAACAAAUAUAAAACAUUUUCCGUGUUGAUAUGCAGUUAUAUCAACACAAGUGGAAAUUGGGAAAACGAGAAAUUGUGUGGAAACACGACAUCAAUAUGGAAAAAAUGUUUUAUAUUUGUUUUAUAAUAUAGCACAAAGAAAUAUAAAGAAAGAAAUUUUCCGUGUUGACAUUGAGUUAUAUCAACACGGCUCUUAGCCAAUCAGCGUUCAGAAUUUACAAAUGCUAUAUUAUAAAAGUUAUUAUAAUAUAUAAUUGAAGAACGUUUUUAUCAACGCGGGCAUGGAUUGGGGGUAGUGGUUAAAAAUUGUGUUUGUGUGAGUUUGUGGUAAUCUUCAACAUAUAUGACAAAACAUAAGAUUUUUAAAGUUUUUUGUUUCCUUACAGCUUACGGCUUGCUGCUUACAUGAGCGCUAUAAUGCAAAAUGCCGUCAAAUUAGUUGUACUAUCUGUGGGUUAGGUGAAAGGGCCCACACUAGUAAUUGGCAUAUGCUGUUGUGGCGACUCUGCCCUAGUUGGCAAAGCUAAAUAAAUAAACAAAGCCCAUGCAUUGCCAUGCUUUUGGCUUAAGAGUUAAAACCAUGCUUUUAGCGCAUGCAGUGCAAGCUGUUUUAUUUGAAGGAGUUUUUAAUUACUGAUUACACUAAGGUUUUUUGUAAUGCUAUACUGGGAAAAUAGUCACAUUUUUAGGGGUAUACUUUACAAGGCUAUGCUUUAAGCUUGACCGGCCAGAAAUUUGGUAUGUCCGAGCUAAAAUUGAGUUGGCCGGUCACCUUGACCGGCGAUCCUCCAGCCGUUAUUUCGCGGCCCCCCUGGAUCACUACGGCAAAAAAGCGCGGGAAUAUUUUUGCUACUUUUCAGCUAUACUUUCCUCGAUAAAGCUUAUGCUUUAAACAUUAUCGUGCUUAAAUAAAGUCAUUAUUAUUAUUAUUAUUAUUCGAUAAUUUUUACAAACGUUUUCGUUGUUUUAAUCAAUACAAUGUACUUUUGACUGACAACCGACUCAGUUAUUUUAAUACAUUAUGUGUAAAAAGCCUGGUUUAUUAGACAGUUGAAACAACUCUAAAGACUAAUAGCUAUUAUUAAGUCAAAAAGAAGUUUUUUUGCCUUGUUUGCCUUUACCGUAGAAAAAACACACUUGCAAAACGGGAAAACUCGUGAACUGGAACUUGGCUUUGAACAUUAAAAUGUACUUCGGAUUGCAAAAAUCGUUAAAACUAGUACAAAACAAACGAGCAAUUCAAAACAAGAAAAAAUGUAAACAAAGACCAAAACACAACCAUGACUAGAACUCAGUACAAAUAAAUUAAAAAAAAUACAAUGAUAAAUACCCAUAAAUGACUGCCCCGUUUUCUACCAAUAAAGACAAAGCCUUAAAUCAUCAAGAUAUUAAUGAAAUUUCGAUUAUUUUAUGCUUCUGAAGCCCUCUCCAGUGGUGCAACGCUCAUUAGAUAGGGUUAGUUCAAAAACUAAGGACCCCCUCUUCCUCCAUUACGCCACUGCCCCUCUCGCAAUGCUGCAUGUAGCAAGAAGCAAGCUACUCAGCUGAUUAUCAACCGGCCAAUCAGAAAGUUCUUGCUUGCGUUAGGAGAAAAUGUAAUUUAAUCAGAAAGAAAUUUAUCUUUUUGGAUGAAACUCUAUAUUGUAAAAUAAUUUCUUCAUGAUUUGGCAUGCUCAAUCAAGUAAUAUAAUGAGAGUUUACGAUCCACGACGCGGCUAGAUGAAGCUAGAGAAGACGCGUUAUAGAAAGGUUUGGUAACUAGCGCGGCCAACGCGUCUUGUGUUAUUCCAACGUGUAGUCAACGAUUCUACGACGCAAUUUUGUCAAUGGACCAUUUGCAUUAUAGACUAAAUUUUGAUCUAGACAAAAAUUUCAUCACAGCUUGAAAGAGCAUCACAAAAUUAGUAAUAUUCCAAAGUUUCGUUGCAAAAGUUGUAAGAUGCGGAUAAUAUAGCCUUGUAAAAUUUGCAAUUUUCAGUCAUUUUGUAUUAUACAAACGCGAAAUUGAUGCCCCAACACCCGAUUGGGCUGUCAAUUUCCCGUGCGUAAUACAAAAUGACUGAAAAACGGCAAACUUCGCAUUUUGUCUAGAUCAAAAUUUAGUCUAUAAUGCAAAUGGUCCAUUGCAAAGCCUGAUUGUUGUAUCUUGAUAAUUUAUUAUACAGUAGAAGCAUGAAAAUAUAAAUAGUUGUCGAAUAAAGUUCAAUAUUUUGAACAGUACCUUUAAUUGUGGGGUUCAUUUCUGCCAAGUAUGAAGAUGAAAAAUCGAUAACGCAAACUCGGAUCGGAGAAUACAAAAUCAAUUAUAUAAGGUCCCGUGUACUGCAUUAUGCUCAAUAUUUAUUUUGGGCACCCGUACCAAUUUUAAUAUAAUAGGCAGAACAAAAGCCAAUUGUGAAUAGGCCUAAAACCUCGAAUAAAACCUAUAUCUUUGUGUUUUAAUCGUUUUUCCGAAAUAAUAUACCAUCAAGGUCCCUGACUGAAAGUUUAGAAAUUGCGCAACCGAGAUUUCGAAAAUUUACAUGCAAAAAACAUAAUAAUUCAACAGAACAUCACAACUGUGCUACCGAUAUAUCAGCUGUUGGCGUUGCGUAAUACAAAAUUUCCACGCUGGUCCGACGAGGUCGAAUACAAUGUCGAAUGCAGUGGAAUGUUUAUACCUUAAAUUUCUUCGAAACUUUAUUGAUCUAUAAUACUAAAAGCAAUCCGAAAUACUAGUAAGUGUUGUCGGUAUAGAGCGACAUGAAUAAUGGAAACUUGAUACUUUACCUCACAUUUGCCAGACGAAACAGCACCUCGCAUACAAAACAACUUUGCUUUCGCUUUCGAAGCGUAUUGAAGGAAGCUACCUUACACAACUUGAAGUAAGCCCGGCAUUUGUCAAAAAAGGCGAAGACGAAGCGCAAACCCGAUUUUGCCUGGUAUGACAAACUGCAUCAGUUCUGAGAACGCAACCGGAUAUUAUCACGCAAUUAAAGAAAAUAUACGGAAGUGAAAAAUGAAGCAAGUUAUUCUUGGUUCAGCGGUUCUGUACCGAAACCAUCGAUGAUAAGUACUUCUUCUUGCACGGAUAUUUUGUUUCCGUAAAUGUAUGUUAGGGUUAGGGAUAGGUUCAGAUUCCAGCCGUUGGGUUCUCGGCACUCCCCCCUCAGUGCCGAGAACCCAGCGGCUGGAAUCUGAGCCUAGGUUAGGGAUAUAUUUAAGUUUAUGAUCAGGCUCAUACAUGUAUCCAAGAUAUCCGUUGAAAAUUAGGCAUACAUGCCGAAACCUUACAGGCUAAAAAACGAGCCGAUAGAACGCAUUUUAUAGAAAAUACAAAAACGGGUGGGAUUCAAUUCCCCCAACUCAAGUAUCAAUUAAAAAAAUAAAUACUCACCCCAGGCCAAAAUUUUACAAAAAGAUAAUACCAUUCAGUUGUCACACAUGUCUCAUAGUACAACUUCUGUGACAUGAGUUUGGUAACUGCUUGGAGACAUUAUUUGCCUUUGGACACAUAUUGGUUGAAGAUAGUGACUCGGAUUGAUUUACAUAUUGUAUUGGCAUAUGACUGUUGACAUUGCUUUUUAGUCUUCAAUAUUUGAAUGAGUCAUACUGUGGAAAUGACAAUAUAUUUUUAUUACCCAACCCUUGGGUGGUUUUGUUUACCAUUUUCCCAACCUUUUACUCACUUAAAAUUUUGUUUCACCAUCCUGAGAUUUAUAAUUCUGACGAUCCGGUGGACUUGUUACUUUGUGGCUUCAGUGGUUUAAAUGUUAAAGGGCAAGAUUUUUUUGUUAAUUAUUUCGCUGGAGAUUUAAACAAGACAUAACAUAUAAUUCUCUCUUGUCUUAAAAACAGAUGGAUGCCCCACAGAAAAAGAGUACAUUGCUCGAUAUUGCCAGCAUUCUCAUCGUCCAACCAAUAUCCCACAUUGGGAAUUUUAUUUGGCGCUAAACCUCUUUAGAAUGGCAGCAAUUGCUCAGGUACAAAUUCUUAUGUUUUUUUGUAGAAAACACCACGCGUUUGUUUUUACAAGGCAACAUGUUUAGUUGUUACUCUCUAAGAACACAAUGGAUAACAAUUUACUGGUUAAUCUAAAAUUAACAUUGUUGAGGUAUCGAUCUUCAUGUUCCUGGUUAGUGAAUUUCGAUGGGAUUGUGUCAUUGUGUUAAAAAACUGCAAAAUGCGAUCAGAUUUGAAAUGUUUGAAACCACCUGACAUUCUGUCCGACCUAAGUGAAACUGCAGGUUUAUUGUUUGUCCAAGCCGAGUGUAUUGGUGUCCGACCGAAUUGUAGUUUGUCCGACGUAAAUCAAAAUGUACCCUAGUUCAGGACUAAAUGCUCGUAUGUUAAAUGGAGAAUCAGAGUAAUGUAUAAAAAGUGAACCAGAAAUGUUGUUUUAAUUUAAUCGAGCGCAGGGUGGCGAGCGAAAUGCAUGGUGAUGUGGAAAACGGGCUUACAAGUUGUCGAAGUCUUACUGGAGUUACUGCUGCUAUCAACAAGCAAGUUAAUUUUGGCUUGGAAAUAAGUAUGAAUGACACAAAUUAUUUAAUAUCUUCACAACAUUUACUGUUCCGAAUUAAUGCAUUGCGCUGAUAUUAAUUUGUGUCAUUCAGACUUAUUUCCGAGCCAAACUGAACUGAAGAUCAUCCUGCUAUGUGCGGCCUGUUUAUUUUGGCAUGGGGGAUUUAAGAAAUUAGAUUUCGCAAUCGUAGGAAAUGACACAGCAUUUGACCUUUUGUUACCUAAGCUUUGCACAAUACCUAAAAACAAACAUAUUCAUCUUUUAGGGUGUUUAUGCCCGUAGUUUACAAGGCAAUGCUUCAGCGGAGAAUGCCAGAAUACAUGGCACGGUUGUACAACCCCUACUUCGUCAAGCGUUGAGAAUUAUAAAAAUGUAAGUAUAGCUGUAAUACCGUCGUAAAUAAUUAUAUAGAAUUCUUCAAACGAUUGGUGUCUUGUGCACAUUUUGCUGAAAUUAAUUAUAUUAAUAAUAUUUCCUUAGGGAGACCAUUUCUUCUCAACCAGUUGUCAAGAACUCGGCUGGGCCUAUCACUGACCUUUUUCCAGUUUCUGAGAAAGCCAAAGAACUGCUGGCCAAGACAAAAGUAUUCUUGAAAGAGCAUGUGCUUCCUGGCGAGAAGGUUUAUAGAAAAAUCUCAUGCUUUAUAAUUGGAUAUAGGUCGUGUUAUAACAAUCAUUGAUCGUCUGAUAUAUUUGUGGUUUAGGAAUACUUUGAAUUUAUGUCCAAAGACAAAGAUGCUUGGCAAAUUCCACCGAUUCUUGAAUCAUUAAAGGUAGGGAAAUGAUGUAAAUGAUGUUUACAAAUUACGGCAAGGUUCUUCUCUUCUCGAGUUUCAUCGUACCUGAAAAAUAGAAGCAGAACUUCGACGCUUCGAGCGAAGGCCUGUCGUCGAGAAAAUUAUAAUAGAGACUGUACGAUUUUAGGACGGCAACGCGACGACGACGGCCAAAACAAACUCCUUCGAAUAAAUAGUAGGCCUAGUAAAGAUAAUUCGUCGUACAUUAUCAAUCGUAUGAAUUUAAUACAGUUUUAGAAGUUGAAGACAUGGGUUUUAUGGUUGGGAAGAGUUCUCCUGAACCCAGUUUGAAGUUGCACUUGUUGCGGCUUGAAAUGCAGCCGUUGUAUCAAGACGUGAAAAUCUGUGAUUUGGGGUUGUAAACGGAGUGAGGACAAUGUCUAAAUUAUUCAUAUAUUGUAAUUCUUUUCAACGAUCUAUUGUAUUGGUAGCCGUUGCCGUCGCGUUGCCGUCCUAAAAUCGUAAGGUCUCUAAUACCGUGAAACGCAGGCGGGAAUCUAGGCUUCAUCUGCAAGGAGGGGUGCACGUUCUCCAUGGGGUGGUACACGAGAAAGCCUUACUGUCCAUUCUCCUCUGCAGUUCUGCAACGCUACUAUCCCAACAAUACCAUUAUAUGAGAUGGCCGAAUCUGCAUGUUUGCCGUUCUGUUACGUUUUACAUUAUCUUUCGUUUAUAAAGUUUAUAUCGGCUGUUUAUCGCGUAUCCGUGACUGGACAGUUGCUGUAGUACAGUACAGUAAAUUUCCUUGUUAAAGCACACUAUAUUUGAAAAUACGGCUGUAUAAAAAUCUCGACAUGUUUACAUAUUUAGCCAUGAUAUUUGAUUAUCCAAUGCAUUCUGAGUACGUAUUUUCACGUGAGCUCACAAAUCAAUUAAGUCAUCUCAAGAAAUCGACACCCACUAACAGCAGAAGUUUCGUUAAUCUCUAUUCGAAAAGCAGAAAAUGUAUAGGCAAGCAGAUUUUUUAGGUUGGUGCUGGACUUCUCGGGGGGGGGGGGAUACUAGACACCACUAGGUGGGGUAUACACCCCCUGCACCUUUCUUGUUAUCGCCACUACCCACAAUGGCACAGGCAGUUGAAGAUUACUCUCCUUCUACUAAUUUUACUGACGAAGGGACUUCGCUUCACACCACGAUAAAAACUGAUAUUCAUCCUUAUCCCUAGGGACACGAUUCGUUGGUUAUGCUAAUUAUCAUUAUGCUAAUUAUUAUAUGAACAGGGAUGGAAGUGGGCGAGCCGUGCCCUCCGAAAGAAUGAUUAGAGUGGAAGAACUUAAUAUUCUUUGCUGUCUCAAGUGCAAACUUAUUAUAUAUUGAAUACUCAUGAUUCCCCAUUACAUGAUUUGAAACAGUUGUUGUGGUUGGUUACGUUUUUCAACCGUGGAAGAUUUUGUCAAAUCUUCCCCCAAAAUACGUGCAGGAAUCGAAAUGCCAUUGAAGAGACUCUAGAUUUCACUGAUUUUCUGGGGAACAUGUCAAAUCGAUCGAGUUUGUAUGGCUUGACCCUCCCCACCCAACCAUAAUUCUGCGACCUAUGCAAAUUAAGAGUCAAUCAUAAUUUACAACCUUUAACAUUAAAAAGCUAAUUCAAGUGUAAAAUGUUUUUACUAAAAUCUUCUGUCAGUAUUGCAUGACACUGUAACCUAGCAUAUUAUAUCUUGAUUUGACUUUUUCUGUGUUAGUGCAUGUUGUGUACUCAGGUGAAUAUGAUGUUUGUGAUGUUACUCUGAGUGUAUAUCCACACCGGGCGAGCUUGAAAAAUAUGCCCGGCCACGGUGGGAAUCGAACCUACGACCUUUGGAGUACUAGCCCGGCUCUGCCAACUGAGCUACCCGGUCAGGUCGGUUCGAGUAAGUGAUAUAUUUCGGAACAGAAUCUAGUUCCUUCGGUACCAAUGUAAUCUAGUAAUAUGACUUUUUCUGUGUUGGUGUUGUGUACUCAGGUGAAUAUGAUGUUUGUGAUGGUAAGUCAGAGUAACAUCAGAGUAACAUCACAAACAUCAUAUUCACCUGAGUAUACACAACAUCAACACAGAAAAGUCAUAUUACUAGAUUACAUUGGUAUCGAAGGAACUCAGUUCCGAAAUAUCACUUACUCAAACCGACCUGACCGCGUAGCUCAGUUGGCAGAGCAUUGGGCUAGUAUUCCAAAAGUCUUAGGUUCGAUUGCCACCGUGGCCAGGCUUAUUUUUCAAGCUCGCCCGGUGUGGAUAUACACUCAGGAGUAACAUCACAAACAUCAUAUCUUGAUUUGUUCUCGUUUUGAGCAGAAAGUGGCAAAAGAACAAGGAUUAUGGAACUUAUUCCUUCCUGCCGUUUCUGGUUUAAAUCAAACCGAGUAUGCACUGAUAGCAGAAGAAACAGGACGCUUCUUUAUCGCACCUGAAUGUUUAAAUUGUUCAGCACCAGGUAAGAAGCGAAAAGUUACUCAUGAUAGCUAGUUCAUUUUGUCAGAGAGCUGUGUAACUCCAAAACUGUUCUUCGUUGAGGUCUAGUAAGGGUAAUCUUUCAUUGGUACACUCAUGGUUGAUAUUUGACUUUCACAAUGAUCUAAUAGUCUGAUUUAGAAAACACGACGCGAACUGAAAAGACGCCGCCUUCGGAACAAACAAAUUCUUCAUGCAAAACAAAAAGUUUGAAUAAUUUGCGGUCCCAGCAGCAUCUUCAACAACGUUAUCGUUCUGAAUACCACAUUAAACUAAGAUUUUCACGUCACUGCAGCAACGUGACGUUGGCGGAGUUACAUAAAAUAUGUCUCAUAGCAGACACCGGAUAUUUUUUUCGGAACUUAGCCGUUUGUAAAGUUAUUUUAAAAAGCUUCAAUUUAUGACAGUAAUCAGGUUCCCUAGCAACCUCGUUCCCAGGGUCUCUCCUUCUAUCCUGGGUGCGAGGUUGGUUCGCUGGCUCUCAAUCUUGAGCUGAAAUCGAGACUGCGUUGUCGUGUUUGCCUCGUCGUCUUUUCUAAAUGUGUCUAAUGAUUCCUUACGAUUCUCCCAUAAUGCAGUAUGUGUGAAAGUUGAAAAUGUUCUUCAAUCUUCCUGCUAAGAAGAGACCAACCAAACUGGGAUAAAAAUCGAAAUUUUCAUUAUCUUUACAUGAGACCGGUACAACUAAAUCACAAAACUUUCAAUUUGUUCCCCCUGUCCGCCAUUUUCUUUUCUUGCAGUGCUUUUGUGAGCAUGCAUUGUUCCGAAGCCAAGAGCACAGCCAAGAUCACUCUGAAAUGUAUCUGUGGUUACAUCACCCCGCUACGAAUUCAUCCCGGUCUGAAGAUAGUCGGUUCGGUCCAGCGAGUGGGAUGACUUCAGAGCGGUCUGAGCAAUUUUUUCAUGUAAACAGCUAUUAUGAAUAAUACUCUGACUGAAAUGAAAUCGUCCUGGUCUCAUCUAAGCGGGAUCUAAGGCGAAUGUUGGUAGUCCUGUUCGCAGGCUACAGGAAAUAGGAACCCGGAGUCCACUAUUUCCAGGUCUGGUUGUUCCAAGCUCGUGCAUAUCUAGUAUACACAACAGCAACGUGGCACAGACCCUUUAACGAAUUUCCGAAUCAUUUCAGAUACUGGUAAUAUGGAGGUCCUCCAUCUUUACGGCAGUGCCCAGCAAAAGAAAGAUUGGUUGGAACCAUUACUGAAUGGUGAUAUUAGAUCAGCGUUCUGUAUGACUGAGCCAGCUGUUGCGUCAUCAGAUGCCACCAAUAUGGAAUGUGAAAUAAGAAGAGAUGGAGAACAUUACGUCAUCAAUGGACGCAAGUGGUGGUCAAGUGGUAGGUUGACAAAAGAUCGUAUUUGAUGCUGAGGUUUUUUUGCAUGAGCUCUAUGCGUAGGGAAGUAGGACUUGUUCUCACCUCGUGUAUAAGAAAAACAUUUUUGCCGUCUCGCUUUCGCAAACACUUAAUGGACCCAUUCCCCAAUGAACAAAAUUUUGAUCUAGACAAGUCUAGACAAACAUUUCACGACAGCUUAAAAGAGCAUCGCAACAUCAGUAAUAUUCCGAAGUUUCGUUGCGAAAUGUUGUAAAAUGCGGAUAAUAUAGCACUGCGAAGUUUGCCGUUUUUCAGUCAUUUUCUAUUACGCCCGGGAAAUUGAUACCGCUUUCUGAAAAAAGGUAUCAAUUUCCCGUGCGUAAUAUACAAAAUGACUGAAAAACGGCAAACUUCGAAGUGCUAUAUUAUCCGCAUUUUACAACAUUUCGCAACGAAACUUCGGAAUAUUACUAACUUUGUGAUGCUCUUUCACGCCGUAAUAAAAUUUUUGUCUAGAUCAAAAUUUUGUUCAUUAGGUAAUAGGUCCAUUCAAUGGCCUCCGUGCAACUAAUCUAUUUUCGUAUGGAGUCUAAAGACAUCUUUGCCUGGCUAAAUUUCGACUGAUACUAACCAACAAACAAUUGAAGAUUGUUCUAGAGACGAGAUUUUGGGUACAUAGUGAGAUCUCGCCAAGGAAAUGGAAGGCUGGCCUUCGUAAAUAACGGAGUUAAGGAAAAACGCGAGAUCUCGCACAGGAAUGCCCCAAAACAGCCCAUCGCGGCAAGAGUGCGUUUGGGUUUCGGUUGGAUCGAGGUUAGGUUGCCCCAUUGGGUUGCCCUUGCAGUUGCGCUGUAGCUAAGCGGGUUAAGUCGAGAUCGAUUGUGGUUUGGGUCAACAACUAUCUGUUGGUUUCCUAGGCGCAGGUGAUCCAAGAUGUAAGUUACUCAUUGUGAUGGGUCGAUCAGCAGAUACUCAAGCCCCAAGGUAAGUUUGAAUUAAGGAUCUUGAGUAAAAUUAUAUUUUUCCUUUAACCGCAGUAUGGUUACAUGUAUCUGAGGGAAUCGCUGUAAUUUUGUCUCAACCAUAAAAAUUCAGUUUAGGAAAUGUUAGAGAACAACGGUUACCAGUACUGUCUGUGCGCUCCUCUUCCAGUAAACCUGAUACUGAAGGUCGAGGGUAGGGUAUUGUUGCUUUGCAGAUGACAGGUGACUUUCCUGCUUUAACCUGAUGUACUUGAAAACUCUCUCCUGUGUGCUUCGAGGGUUUUUCUCCGUGUUUACUCCGGCUUUCAUCCCUUUGAAAACUAAUCCUUCCACCUUUAAUAGCUCUGUGAUCAGACAUGGGCCGUAUGGUGCUAGGCAGAGGCGUCCUAGUAAGCCUUCGACUCGGUCAGAUUUGAGUCUUUCGCAAUUUAGCUGAGAGCUUGGAGGAAAGAUUAUUAGCACCCCGGGAUUGUUCUGAAAUAUCUGAAAAAGAUCACAAUACGGCAACCUGUUGUCAGUGUUGAUGAGAAUAUCAUAGUUUGAAAAACAUGUUAUUUCAAUGUUUCUAGACACAGACGGCAUUCAAUGAUCAUUGUUCCAAUGGAAACUAGAGGAGUGAAAAAAAUACGAUCUCUGACUGUAUUUGGUUAUAAUGGUGAGUUGUAUGCCCAUGUCUGUCUGUCUGUCUGUCUGUCUGUCUGUCUGUCUGUCUGUCUGUCUGUCUGUCUGUCUGUCUGUCUGUCUGUCUGUCUGUCUGUCUGUCUGUCUGUCUGUCUGUCUGUCUGUCUGUCUGUCUGUCUGUCUGUCUGUCUGUCUGUGUAUCUGCCCUGUCUUUCUCUGUCGUCCUUUAACAUUUUAAAUCUGUUCCGUUCAUUCGUGGUUGUCACGACCAAAUCAUUGUCACCGAUGUAAAUCGGUGUGGAUCUAUCCUGUCUUCAGCGUGCUUUAUGCAAAUCAGCUUUGCUGAUCAAUAUUCUUUUACAUCCGCCACCUUGAUAUGGUCGUGACAGCGACGACUGAGUUGAAACUAAGCUCUAAUUAUAUAUUUCACAGAUGCUCCUCACGGUCACUUGGAAAUCGUUUUCGACAACGUUCGCGUUCCUGCGUCAAACAUGAUACUUGGUAAGUAUACAAUUAACAAAGUGUUGAAAUUUUUGCCAGUCGCAUGCAACCGUCUUGAGUUGUACUGUGUGAAUCAAGCACACUGAACACAUUACAUUAUUAUUCAGCUUACUCCCCAUUGGGGCUUUUCAGUGACCGAUUACAUCAAUGUUACUUACUUAGUUAUGUUACUUACUUAGCUUAGACUAUUUAUCUUUACAACAAUGGACCUUUCCCCUUAUAACUAAAAUUUCGAUCUAGACAAAAAUUUCAUCACAGCUUGAAAGAGCAUCACAAAAUUAGUAAUAUUCCAAAGUUUUGUUGCAAAAUCUUGUAAAAUGCGGAUAAUAUAGCCUUGCGAAGUUUGCCGUUUUUCAGUCAUUUUGUAUUACAAACGGGAAAUUGACAUCCGAUUCGGGUGUUGGGCUGCAAUUUCCUGUUUGUAAUGCAAAAUGACUGAAAAUUGCAAACUUCGCAAGGCUCUAUUUUCCUCAUUUUACAACAUUUCGCAACGAAACUUUGGAAUAUUACUAAUUUUGUGAUGCUCUUUCAAGCUGUGAUGAAAUAUUUGUCUAGACUUGCCUAGAUCAAAAUUUUGGUUAUAAGGGGAAAGGUCUAUUGAGAUAUUACUUUCCUAACUGUAUUCACCCAAACCUACCUUGCCAACUUGUCCUGUGGGAGGAAACCGGAGCACCCGGAGAGAACCCACGACUUUCGGCAGAGCGUUGACUGACUCUUUUCACAUGAGUCCGUAGCGAGAAUCAAACCCACGAUGUCUGAGGUGAAAGACGCUUGCUUUGGCGACCCCAUAUGACAACGUCGGCGAGUUGUGUGCUUGAUCUACACACGUAAAAACGCACAAGUUGUUACAGGUCUGCAAACAAGUUGUUACAAAUCUGUUCACAAGCUGUCGACAAGUUGUGUUCGCACUGCUUGUUCCUAGUUGUUGUAACAAGCCGUUGACAUCUUGUAACAAGCUUGAUGGCAUUAUCAGACUUGUUACAAGGUUGUUCUAACCAGUCUGGUACAGUCAUGAUAAAACAAGAAUCUUACAAGGUUGACAACACAUGGUUGUAACAAUAUUGUUAUAUCAUGACUGCAUGUACCAGAUUUGUUGGAAAAACCUUGCAACAAGUCUGAUAAUAUCAACAAGCUUGUCACAAGUUGUUAACAACUUGUUCCAAACUUGCUGACAACUUGGGACAAGCAGUGCGAAUACAACUUGUUGACGGUUUGUUGGCAGACUUGCUACAAGAUGUGAAAUUUUUACGCAUGUACGCAGCACAACUCAAGUUGUAAGCAGGUUGCAUGUGACAGUUUUAGGCAAACGUUGUGUAGUGUAAAGUGGCCUUUGCAAAUAUAUAAACUAUUAUAUUUUGUUUGUACUGAACCCAAGGUGAAGGUCGUGGUUUUGAGAUUGCGCAAGGCCGCUUGGGGCCUGGACGAAUACAUCAUUGUAUGAGAACAAUCGGCACGGCGGAGAGAGCCUUGGAACUAAUGUGUGAACGCGUGACGUCAAGAACUGCUUUUGGAGAACUUCUAGCAAAAAAGGUAGCGUUCAUUUAUCUUUCAUAUCGUUCAUUAGCAAAGAGGAGGGGACAUUCCAUCAGUCAAUCUUUCUUUCUUUUCGAUGUGCCCAUCCAGCGAUGUGGCUCUCGUCUUAAUGGGAGGGUCUAUACCCAAACAGUGACGGAAAUUUUUUUUUGGGAGGGGGGCUAAAACACAAGUUUAGAUCUUCAUUUAAACACUGCCAAAAAAUUAAUUGGGAUAUAUUUCUCACGGAUUUUGUGUUUUAUUUACAAGGUUUUAUGAAUGUGUAUUUAAAAUCUGCAUGCGUUACAAUGGCAACGGACAUGGUAUUUUUAAAAUUUUCAUUGUUUUUUGGUGUAAUAUGUAAUGCUUGCUUGAAAUCAGAGAGAAUAGUCAAGAAGGGUCAGCAAACGCUCUGUUCAGCGGCUUUUACUUCAAAACAAUGUAUUGUUUAGCGUAUUGUGGUUUCGUGUAAAGCGAACUCAUUCAACAGCAGGUUGAAAUCUUUUUCUGGUGAUGUUAUAAAAGCGUUUUAGUUAGUCAAGUGUUUGGUAAAAGAAAGAGAAGUGUUUAUCGUAAGUCACGAAAAGGACUUGGCUUUGUUGGUGUGCAAAAGCAAGCGUUGCAAGCGUCUGAGAACAAUCAAUCGGUCCUUGAGUGAUCACGAAGUGAUGUGAACAAGGCCCGUGACUGUACACGUUGGAUAGCUCCUUGCCUUUUUCUUCUAUUUCAUAAAGCUUGCUGGGAAGUCAAGCGGUUGGCGAUAACACGUUGGCUAUCUCCUCGUCUUUCUCGUUUGAAUAAAAAGAGCUCUGACGAGUCAAGAGAUUUUCUUUAGUCUCAGUUAUUUUGUAUGAUACAAAGACCCGCUUCUGUUUAAUAGUUGUUUAUGCUACUGACUGAUGACAAUAUGUUUUUCGCUCUUUGUACUGAGUGUAGCCAUCUACUCUGUGGUGUAGCAGUGUAGCACCUUAUAUACAGUCGAUGUAUAAUGAAUAUACGGUCUAAACAAUAAAUAUCGGCCACUUAAUUAAAAUAUGAAUUGAAUGCCGGUAAAAUACAAAACAUCAAUUUAUAUAUUGCGUAGAAUCUCAAUAUUCAUGUCUGAAAUAUGUAUAUAUAUGAAAACAGACUGUAUCGCUUCUUCCUAGCUCUGUAUAAUGAAUAUACCGUCAAAAUAAUAUCGUCAAUUGAAUGCCGAAUCUCAAAGAUUUUCUCAAUAUUUACGUCUGAAACGUUUCAAGUUUAUACACACAUUUGAAAUAAAGCACUGCCUAGGUCCUUCCCUGCUCGGUAUAAUGAAUAUAGCCUACCGUCUAAAUAAUAUCAGUACUUGAUUGAAUGCCCAUAAUGCAUAACAUCAAUUUAUAUAUUGUGCAGAUUCUCAAAGAUUUAUUUACUUAAUUUUCAAGUCUAAAAUAUUUAUAUAUUUGAAAACAGCUUGAUACGGCUUGAUAGCGCAUGCGCAUUUGCGCUGCUAAAGAAAAAAUUGGGUGUUUCCGGGGAAAGAUCCUUUACACAACAUGAAAAGCGAAUGGUCUAAAAUUUUUAAAAAAUUACAAAAACGACAAGGAUUCCUCGAAAUUUUUGUGAACUUGGCAAAAGGACAAAAUAAUAUUAAAAUAAAACAACUGAAAUUGCGUAAAUGACUUUCAAAACACUGAUUAAGGUAAUUCCGCAGUUUUGCAUUGCGCACUUUUACUGCGUACAUCUUGUAACUUAUAAUUUCAUCCAUUAUACGUACCGUUUAAAAAAAAUCAUUUUAUGACAAUUUUGUGUUACUUCAAAACAUCUUUGGUUACAUUCGUGCAAAGAAUUACGUUAAAAUCAAUGUUUUCAAAAAAGGCAUACAAAAGUGUAGCUAGGGUUCCUGUGUCUGUAGUAUAUUUAUUUACUUAGCUUGUAUUUCACGUUUUAAUGCCACAAUUCCCUUAAAAGAUCGGUGACCCCUGCUUUUUAACUGAUAAUUUAUUUCUUUAAUGCAUUUUACAUUUCAUAUCCGAAAUUAAAAGAAAAAUCAUUUCUGGAUCUUGAAAAAAAAUGCUUUAUCAAUCCAUGUUCUCAAAGAAAGAUAUAUAAAGAAAUGUGGAAAAGACAUUUGUGGAUCAGAAUUGUACACGUUAGUAGUUUCAUUUUGCUCAAAACACAAUAUUUUUUCAAAAAUAAUUACAAGAUAGGUUUGCUAAAGCAAAAUCCGCGCUAAAAACGUCAAUAAAUAUCGGGCUGUUGUGAGUUUGCUGUUGCUCGUAAUGAGCGUCAAGAUGGCGCCAUAUUGGGGUAAAGGUGGUAUAUUGCGAUUGUCAUAUAUCUUCUUAACGAGUUCGGUUACCCCGACUUUUUUGUGCGAUUUUAUUUUAAGUAUAUCAUAAACUCCAUGCUUGGGAAGUUUCAGCACAUUCUCAUUUCGGGAACAAUUACUGCGGAAUUACCUUAAGUACAUUAAAUCAUUACAAACAUAAAUCGUAAGUGAAACUUUACACUAAAAAUGUGAUAUUUUAAAGUUGUAUAAAGUGCAUGCAUGAUUACCUAAUAAGUUCUCGUUCAACAUAUAUUAUUAUAGUUUGCAAUUGCAGUUUUGCCUUCUCGAAAACAACUUGAGAACAGGUGCGAUGGUGAGACAUGUAAAUGAAAGUUUGUUUUGAAAGUACAAGUAGUCAAGUGAAAAAGCACUUUUCGUCGAAAUUAAUUUCGUCAUAAUUACAAAGUAAAAAGAAACACAAGCUCGCGUCUCGCUUUCGAUUUUCACAUUAAAAACUAUAUAUCUCAUGUUAUUCUAAACCACUCACAAUAAGAAAGUAACUAUGCAAUAUACUACUUUCGAAAUAAAUAUUUCGACCAAUGGCAAUGCUCCGUGAUGGCAAAAUAUUCUCAAAAUUUUCAAACAUUUGCGGAAAUGCAGGAGGUCGCUGUAUAUGAGAGAAACAUUAUAUAGACAUUGCAAGCUGUCUGCAAAUUUUAGGUUUCGUAAAAUGUUUUAUCCACAAAUUUCGUCGUCUAAUCGCGAGUUAAAUCGCCUUUAAAUUUAAUUGCCAUGCAAGACUUGAUUAUUCUUAUUUUGAUUAUCUCGGUAUUUUUUUAACAUGCAGCUAUUCCAGUAUUCCUAAUUGUUAUUCUUUUGAAUUUUGACUAUUCUUUCAGAAAACACUCAGACAUACCGGCGUUUGUAAUUAUCAUGGAACGGCAGAAAAAUCGGCCAUUUUAAAUUGGUCAUGUUAUAGUUCAGUUUUUAACGCAAUGAUACAAAAAAUAUUUCAUUUGGUAGUUAAAGGCCUAAUCUUUACUAGGAUGGGAAAAUUAAAUGUAUACAUACCCAAUACUUAACGCACAAAAACAUGGCAAAUUUUUUAUACACCUUGUAUAUAAUUAAAUAAUUUGAAGAAAUGAAAGCAUUUUUACUUUUCUACGUUUUAUUCGACUAUAUUUUAGUCAUGUUCAGGAAUGGAUGAAAUUACAAGCAUAACAGUGCCUUAUAUACCCUAGUUACAGCUACUGUUUUUCUUAAAGCUGAUUUCCACUGUUGUGUUUUUCGUACGCACGUACACACGCACGUAAAACUUUGAAUCCUUCUAUUUUUUUAAAAUAUUUUACAAAUAAGUUAACAAACGCAUACUUAAACUUGCAGAACACUAAAUUAUGUUGCUUUAUUUAUUUAGUUAUUUCACAAGUAAUAUUUAAACGGAUUUAAAGUUUUACGUGCGUAUAUACGUAUGUAUGAAAAACGCAACAGUGGAAAUACAUACAUACUUUAUUGUGUUCCUCAAAGAGGCUUUUCAACACUAAUUUACAUGGAAUGGUGAUUAAAAAACAAGGUUAAGAUUACAUAUUUAAACUUUACUAGGAAAAAUCUUCUAUUAUUAAAAUAGUCCAUUACUAAGCAUACAGUCUGUCUAACAUGUCUUUCUUUAAUUUAUUCUUAAUGAUGAUAUGCAUAUUAAUAUAUAGAACAAUAUAAGUGUAGAGUUCGUUGCGUUCACAUUUACUAUGAGCAAGAUAUUGUUAGUGAGUUUCCUUCAAAUUUUAUGGGUUUUUUUGGAAGAAGGGUUAUUAGUGCAGCUAGGAUUUAACCCGUCGACAUAUUCAGGCUUUUCAGCGCUUUCCAUCCUUCGGUACGUAACACCUUGUUUUUCCAGUAAAAGAUUAAACAGUUAAAUGUACAAUUCAUCAAAGCUAUGGUUUUUACCCACAUCGCUGCAAGGUUUGCAUUAUCUAAACCAAUUUUUGUCCCCGGCGAGAUUAUUCUUAAUCCAAUGUUGACGCUCAUUGGGAUGGAUACCACCACAACACAAGCAACUACCAGCAAAUAACUCGAUAUAUUUUUCAAAGAAACCGUCUUUUUCAUACCGGUCGAUGUUCUUUUGUUUUUACGAUUUUUCCUGACGACUAGAAACAGCUUGUAGUUGAUAAAUAACAUUGCAGGAAUGACAAGAAUAGAAAUAAUUAGACAAUGCAAAUGGUAGGAAAUGAAAAAGUUGUUUACAAAUAUCGAAAUCAAAAUUACAUAGACGAUGAUCAGUAUGGCAAGAAGAGUUAAAAGUCUUCUUUUCGUUACCGACGUUCGAUGAAAGAAAGGAUAAGAUAUCGCCAAAUAUCGAUCGAAAUUCGUCACCAAAAGAGCGAAAUAUGAAAAACAAAGGAAAAUACUUGUGGAACUUAAGGAAAUAUGAGGCCAUCUAGCAUUUCCAUCCAACUUUCGUGUCAUCCAUGACAUCGAGAUGAGGGCCAUCAAUGGACUAUUAGUUAAAACUGUAAGCAAAUCGCAGCAGGACAAAACCAUGAUCAUGAAAUAACUUAAUUUCUUUCGGAAUUGUGCAGACCUCCAGAAACUGACUAUGACCAAGGAGUUUAAACAUAUUCCUGAGAAAAAGAAGAAUACGUUCACAGCAAAUAUGAAUAUAAGGUUGAUAAAAUAAAUAGAUUCCAUCCUCGAGCGAGUUCUUCUGAAGAAUUAACGCAACGCAACGGCUGAAAAGUAAUUUAUUGUUGUACAAGGUUGUCACACCUGUUUUUAAUUGGUGACAAUGACAUACUGCUUCGAGUUACAGACAAUGACAUACAUGCUUCGUGACAAUGUGACAAUGACAUACAUGCUUCGAGUUGCCAGUCACGUACGAUCGUUGCCCAAAAUAAAUUAGAAUCACUACCUACCAAAGUGUAUAAAAAUAUUGGCAUUAAGCAAUGGAGAGCAGUGCGCAAGAGCAGCAUUUUCCCCAACAAACAAAUAUUUUCCCGACAUCAUUAGGGAACCAGAAGCACUUAACAUAUAUCAUGCAUAAAUUAUACAAUGGGCUUAUUAGUACGUAUUCAAUUUUAAUCUGUUUGACAAAGAAGGCAAACAUUUUCUAUUUCCUCAUUUACUUUUUAUCUAAAUUUAACAAAAAAUUUAAUUCGUUUGUUCUUGGGUGAUGUUCAAUAGUUGCAUUAAUUUUCGUAGUAAUACAUUUGAUAUUUUAAGUCAUCUUGCUAACAGGCAGACAACAGAUGGUCGAAAUAUACAUGUUCGACUGUUGACUUAUUUUCAUACACAUGUAUAUUUUUGUCGAAAGUGAGAAUUUUACUGGAUUUUAGAUUCUCUUUAAAAUGGGUUCAUUUAUUUUGUAAAUUUCACGAGUUUGAACACUCAAAUAUAUUUUCCAAGAUCAUUUGAUGAUAUCUCAUUGCGAAUAAAAAUGGGAAAAUAGACUUGAAAUUACCGGUCGAAAACAAUUUUUUCUAUCUCUGCUGCCGCAAAAUAUUCUCAGAAUUUUCAAACAUUUGCGCAAAUGGAGGUCGCUGCAUAUGAGAGAAACUAUACAGUAUAGCUAGGCAUUGCAAGUUCUCUGCAAACUUCAGGUUUCGUAAAAUGUUUUAUCCACAAAAUUUCGUUGUCUAAUUGCGAGUUAAAUCAUCUAUAGAUUAAUUGCCAAGACUAGAUUACUUUUAUUUUGAUUAUUCGUGUAUUCUUUUGACAGCUAUGCCUUGUUAUUAUUUUGAAUUUUGAGUAUUCUUUCAGAGAAUAAUUUCAACACUCGCACUCAUUUCAACACGCGUUUGCAAUUAUCUUGCAACGGCAGAAAAAUCGGCCAUUUCAGUUAAAUUGGUCGCGUUAUAGUUCAGUUUUUAACGCAAUGAUAGAAAAAAUCUCAUUCGAUAGUUCAAUGCCUAAUCUUUAUUAGGAUGAGGAAAUUAAAUCCACAUAUAGCCAAUACUUACCACACAAGAACAUGGCAAAUUUUUUAUACACACUGUUUAUAAUGAAAUAAUGUAAAGAAAUGAAAGCAUUUUUAUUUUUCUACCUUUUAUUCGACUUGUCUAUAUUUUAGCCAUGUUUAGGAACGGAUGAAAUUACAAGCAUAACAGUGCCUUAUAUACCCUAGUCGAAGAUGUUGAUAGUGAUUCUGAUUCAGAUCUCAAUCAGAAGAAACUCCGUCACCCAUUAGUGCAUCAAGAAAGAAAUUAAGUCAGCAUAGCUGCCUUGGUGCCCCAAAAGAUGUUGUAGAAAAAGGGAUUGACGACCAAACCUCUGCAUACAGACUUGUUGACAUUCAACAACUGUUAUCUGCUGGCUUUGAUAUUCAUAAAUGUCGAGAAGGUAGGCCUCAUGAUUUUAUUCUAACAUGUAAAAUAUACUUCUGGUAAAAUUUAAAACUAUCUCUUAGUUGUAGAAUGCAGUUUUACUACAAAUUUAUGCUUGUCCAAUCCCCAGUGGACCAAUAAAUACCACUACAUUUUUACUGUCAUCAUCAUAAGACUUGAUGAGUAUAUUUUAGUACGUGUGUGUGUGCUGCCCAAAUGAUAUGUUAUUAUAUCCCACUAAAAUGUUUGAAAACUUUUACAUAGGAAACCUAUUACUUGAAGAAGGCUUAAGGAAACAGGGGUUUAUGUCAAGCCUGAACAUGGUAUGUGAUUCGUGUAAAAAUGUUGAAGUGUUAGAUACAUCUGAUAGUGUAUCGCGAAGGGGGACAUCUUAUGAUGUAAAUCGACGGAUGGUUUACAGUUCAAUUGAAAUUGGUUGUGACUAUGAAGGAUUGGUUACACUAUCCAGGAUUUGGACCUUCCUUGCAUGACUAAAAGUGCAUACCAUACUCAGCUGGAAAACAUCCUGGAAGUAUUGGAAAGUGAAUGCAAAGAUGAAAUGAAGAUGGGUUGGUGUCAAUGUCCGUGAAACAGUAUUGAAGGAGAAUGGAGAAGUGGGUGAUGGUCAGCCAGUAGAAAUUGCUGUCAGCUUUGAUGGAACAUGGGCCAAGCGUGGCUUUACCUCAUCGACUGGUGUUGUUUUUGUAAUUUCGUUGGACACUGGGGAGGUUUUAGAUUACCACGUUCUCUCUAAAACCUGUCAAAAAUGUGCUCUAAAGAAGUCUAAAUGUGAGAAUGGCAAUGAAUUUGAAGAAUGGAAGAUGGAGCAUGAGGCAUCAAAUGAUUGUGACAUUAACUUUCAUGGUAGCUCACCGGCAAUGGAAGCUAAUGGAGCAGAAGUUCUUUGGGAACGAUCGAUAACGUCACACAACCUACAAUAACGAUGGAUGACUUGCGAUGGUGAUAGCAAAGCUCAUAGUGCAGUUGAAGAAGUAUACCCAGGGUGUAAAGUAGAAAAGCUCGACUGUGUGGGACAUGUGCAAAAGCGCAUGGGAAAACGCUUGCUCAACUUGAAAGCUGCUACGAAGGAGAAGUUAGAUAAUGGAAAGACGAUUGGAGGAAAAGGUCGCCUUACUGAAGAAAAUAUAAAGAAAUUACAAAAGUAUUAUGGGCUUGCUAUUCGUCAAAACACUAUUGGCAAGAAUUCACCUUCAGAACAGGAAAUUGAUGUUGCAGUUUACCAAAUGAAAAAGAACAUCAUUGCCUCCCAUUCACCAUAGUGUUCAAUCUGAUGACCUGGCUAAACAACACAGAUUUUUCCCGAGAGGUGAAACAUCAUGGUACAAGUGGCAACAGGAUAAGGCAAGUGGAACAUCAACCUAUAAGGGAGGUGAAUGCUUGCCUUGAAGCCUGUGUAUAUGACUUUAAGUGAUGAUAAUUUACUAAAAAGGUGUGUACUUGGUGCCACACAAGACGUGAAUGAAUGUAUCAAUGGUGUCGCCUGGUCUCGAUGUCACAAGCAGAAGCAUCAUGGGUCUAAAUCUGUUCGUUGUGCUGUUGCCUCUGCUGUUUUACAGUUCCACUGUGGAGCUGCAAGUAGAGGUAUAUACAAGCAAAAGUUCGGCUUCAAAAGAUAGAAAACGCGUGACCACCGCUGAUGUGCGAGCAACCGAAAAAGAGAAAAAGCGACGCCAAGGGGAGAAAAUGAUUUGUUUGAGAAGGGAAGAAGCCUUAAAGAGAGGCAGAAGGUACCACAUAUGAGAUAGAUAGAUAGUUUAAUAAAUCAAAUAUCGCAGCCAAAAAAGGCUGAAUUACAAAUGAUUUACAAAUGAUAUGAAAUAAAAUACUAAGUUCAUUAUUUACAGUUCAUUGUUGCUUAAUAUAUUACUCGCUAAAAACUACAACAUCACUUUCCAAUUCACGAAGCCAAAAAACGGCUGAAUUACAAAUGAUUUACAAUUGAUAUAAAAUUAUUUACAAUUCAUUGUUGCUUAAACUAUUACUACGCUAAAAACUACAACGUCACUUUCGCUGCUUGACUAGGUAUAAAAGAAUUUUUAUAACGGUCUGUUUUGAUUAAAGAAAGUUUGUACUUUCUCACGGUUCGAAUGCUGUCAAAAGACGUAUUUAAACUAGGUAAGAGAUUCUUUAAUUUAUGACUUGGAUCUUGUUCAAUUUGUUCAAAAAGCUUUAUACAUGAAUAUUCUCGUCUGUCAUAAAGUGACUGUAAAUGUCCCUGUUCCAAGGCUUCCUUAUACCUCAUUCCAGGAAAAAUUAUCCUCAUUGCACGUCCUUGUACUGGUUCUAAAUCGUGGGACAGAUAUGUGUAGGAAGACUUGAAUGACAAACUUCACAAGCAUAUUCUAGAAUCGACCUGAUACACGCAUUAUAGAAACCAAUUAGAUGUUUCUUAUCAACACCAGCACGUCGAAAUUGUUUUAAAAGAUACAGUCGUUUCGAAGCCUUAAGAACAACUGUUCUUAUAUGUUUAUUCCAUUUUAGGUCGUCUGUUAACGUCAUACCCAGAAUUUUUGCUGAUUUUACAAUUUCUAGGCGUUGCCCGUUUAUAAUAAUUGGUUCAGCCAUGCAUUCACGUUUGGCAAACUGAAUCCUCAAUUCUUUGCAUUUAGCUGGGUGUAGGUGUAAUUUAUUUUGAUCAGACCAGUUCACGCUCCUGUCAACAAUUGGGUAAGGCACUGUUACCGAACCUAGGAAUAACCUCAGAUAUUGUAGUAUCGUCAGCGUAUUUCCACAUAUCCUUUAAGGAGUCGCCCGAAAGUUAAUUUGUCUUGUAGAUUUCAAAUAAAACCAUUCCUCUCCAUUUCGCAUUUCGAAUAAUACUAUAGACUCGGGAUUACAAAAUGCGAAUGUAAACUCUCCAUCUAGUAUUGCUUUCUCGUCCUCUUCGUUUGACAGUGAAGUAACACGGCAUAUCCACGCUUUCUUAGUUCACGGACGUGAGAGUCAAUGAAAGAGUUCAAUUUGCAAAUGACUAUUAAGAUGGGUUUCUCCAGAAAAUUGUGGCUUUUGCCAAGUCGUCGUGCUACUCUUGGUGUUAGAACUUUGGAAUAUUAAACUCUUCCCAUAACCGAUAGCAAGAUGCAAAUACAUCUUUAAUGUGAAUCAAAAUUGGACAAGGCGCAAUAUUGAUGCUCCGUUAAACUUUUAAUUCAGGAAAUUUAUCAAUCUAUCUAUUAAUGCAGCCUAUAAAACUGCUUCUUUCAACUUUUGUUCGUUUAUUUAACAAUAUAGACAUUUCAAAAUUCAAAUGUUUCAAUUCAAUCAAAACACGAAACGCCUGCGAACAGGCUAUGAUGUUUACAAUAUCCAAUCAGAACACGUAGUCUAUCGAACCUGUAAUCAGCAGCCAAUCAACUCUUUCCUUCCAUUUUUGAAAGUUAUGUGUGGAAUGAACCCGAAAAACUACGCCAAUUUCACCAGAGGGUUAUUCAACCCUCUGGCUCUAGGGUACCCGAAAGUCGAAGGUCAUUAAUCAUAGCGAGAAAAAGCCACGGACCAAGUUUAAUUCGUUGAAAUCGGUUACGUAAAGAAUCGACUAUCCAAUUUAAAACUGUUGGUUUACUACCAUCAUCAUGAAGCUGAUGCCUUUUAAGUUUUAAGUACAUCCAGAAAGACUUUGGUUAUAGAUUUGAGUACAUUAGACAUUAAUUCAUAGACAUCACAAAUAACCCAAACUUUAAAUGCCGUUUUCUCAAAAUCACCUAUUUCACAGAUUGGGAAAGGAUAUCUCUGGCCGGAACAAUCAAUUGAUCUGAAAUUUUCAGGCUUUAUGCAUCUUACUGUGUUGUUGGGGAUGAGUUGAGGAUUUUUUCAUAUCUAGUUUUUAACCAGAGUUAUUGCAUAAAAAUACCUAGUAUAUUUACGCACUGACUUUAACCCUUCGUUUCUGGUUGAAUAUUUAAAAUUUUCAAAAAUCCUCAACUCAUCCCCACAAUUACUUAGUGUCAUGUCUUUUAUUAAAAAAUGGGUUGAUUUGAAUUUGCCCCUGGCAAGAUAUUUUUUUUCAACUUCAGUCUGUCGAAAAACAGCAUGUAGCCACUUUAACCACUUGGUUGCCAAUGGCAACGCAGUGUAGCUACCUUAAAUAUAUUUUUUUAGAAUCUUCAUUAGGUUUCUCCUGAUAUAUAGUUUGCCAUAAGGUUUUUAAAAAGGUUUUGCCACAACAGACCCUUUAAAGAUAGCUAGUGGCGAUCCUUAAGUUUGGGUAGACCCUCCCCUUAAAACAUGCCCAAACAACUUCAAUCUUUUCUUCUCGAUCGACGAUCUCCCACAUUUUCCGUUUCAUUUCUCCUUUUUCCUUCGUGUAGUCUCGACCAUUAUCUUUAGACGCGUCAUUCGGUCACUUCCACAUCUAUAUUAUAUUAAUACCGCAUAUCUUUCUAUAGGCAAUUCCAGCUUUUAAUUUAUGCGUGCAGGGGACGAUGGGAAGUAAGGUAUCACAUUGCUGAUUAUGCUGAAAAAAUAAAAAUGGUGGCCGUGUAAACACGGAGUGAUAGUUUAUACUUGUAAAUAUUGAAAUAUUUUGGUUGUUUCGGUAGUUUUAUUGAUAGUUUUUCAGCAAAUCAGCAAUAUGAUAUCUUACUUCCCAUCAUCCCCUGCAGGCAUAAACUAAAAGCUGGAAUUGCCUAUUUUCCCUCAUUUCCAUUUUAUCAUGUUCAAUAUUUCAGGGUAUGAUUCAAAACGACAUUGCGAUGAGCCGCGUAGAGAUCGAUCAAGCUCGCUUGAUGACGCUUCAAGCUGCACGAUGCAUUGACUGCAUGGGAACUAAACGGGCACGAAAACAGGUAAGCAUGCUGACGUGACAACUCUCAAACGUGUUCCACACGCGUAGAAAUCUUGUAGCAAGUCUGCCAAUAAGCCGUCAACAAGUUGUGUUCGCACUGCUUGUCCCAAGUUGUCAACAAGCUUGAACAACCUUGUUGAUAUUAUCAGACUUUACUUUACUUUACUUUUUUUUUUCUUUACUUUACUUUUUUUACUUACACUUUUGUAUAUAAAAAGAGCGUGUGAAUCUAAACAAGUCACAUAUUAUUAGCACUGAUGAAGAUCCGGGCUUACGGAUCGAAAGCUUUGCAGUAAUAAAUUUACGUGGUGUUUCCACAAACAAAAACAAUUAUAUUUUAUCGCCAUGCAAACAUUCAAAGAACUUAUUAAAACAGACUUGUUGCAAGAUUGCUCCAACACAUCCGAUACAGCCAUGAUAUAACAAUAUUGUUGCAACCUUGUGUCGUCAACCUUGUAUUCUUGUUAUAUCAUGACUGUAUCAGACUUGUUAGAGCAGACCUUGUAACAAAUUUGAUAAUACCAUCAAGCUUGUUACAAGUUGUUAAACAACUUGUUCCAAACUUGUAACAACAGCUAGGAACACAACUUGUCGACAGCUUGGGAACAGAUUUGUAACAACUUGAUUGCAGACCUGUAACAACUUGUGCUUUUUUACGUGUGUACAUGCAAUUCUGUUCCGACAACUUGCCAACAGGAUGCGUUCGCACUGCUUGUUCCCAGCUUGUUGACAACUUGCUGCAAGGUUGUUGAACUCAACAGACUUGUUACAAGUUGUUCCAACAACUUGUUAUCGUCCUCGGGCCGGUUGUAUAAAACUCUUAAUCACUUUUUCAAUCACUAUGUUGUAGUUAAAUAGUGAUUAACUCUCAAAUACGCGUUUCUUAUUGGAUGACGUUUCAUGCACUAACUACAGUUAACUUUAAUCACUUUUUUAUACAACCGUCCACUGCAAUUCAACAAUUUGUCAACAAGUUGCGAGUGACAACCUUGUAGCAACUAGACUUGCUCCAAGUCUCUCUUUCCUUGUCAUAUACACGGCAAAAAACGCUCAGGUUGAUGCAAUACUGAUGAAAACAGGAUUGAACAAUGUUUUGCUGCCCACAUUGUUCAUAGCUGUCAACAACAUUGAACAAUAUUGUUACACCCGAUUCAUGCUCAACAGCAUUGUUCAAUACUGUUGACAAGUGUGAACAACGUGGGCAGCAAAACAUUGUUCAGUCCUGUUGAGCAACGGUCUCGGCGUUUUUUGCCGUGUAGUAUCGAUCCACUAUAGUGUACAUUACAUGACGCCCCUCCGUGCUACGUCAUGUAAUCUACACUAUAGUGGAUCGAUAUUAUAUGACAAUGAAAGAGAGACUUGGAGCAAGUCUAUGUAGCAACUUGAUAAAAUAACAGAAUUGCUACAACUUGUUGACAAGCUUGCUACAAGUGUGAAAUUUUUACUUGUGUAGAUGACAAACAUUAAAACAGUAAUUGGUAUCUUGCAAAAUAUGUUAAUGAUUCUUGACAGUAAGCUUGACUUUUAGCUGACAACUGACAUACAGACCGCCAUUAAAACCAUGCCAUAGAUUUGCAAGACUUUUUCCAAUCUCUAGAUUGCCAUGGCCAAAAUAGCAGUUCCUCGCAUGGCACAAAGAGUCGUAGACCGUGCUAUUCAGUCGUAUGGUGGUGCCGGCGUCUCACAGGAUACUCCGCUGGCCUAUAUGUACGCAGGAUUGCGGACUCUCCGCAUCGCUGAUGGCCCUGACGAAGUGCACCUGACUGCCGUGGCUAAACAAGAACUCAGGGAACAAAUGCAAAGUCGUUUAUAGGUCACGUGAUGAAGAUACGUAGGCAGAAUUAUCGUCCUGGCGUGGGUGCUAUUUCAUAAUAGUGAGCUUAAGCAAGUGACGUUUUUGACGACACGAACGACAUGAGUAACGUCAGAAGACUGGAUCAAGGGCUGUGAUUGGUGAAAAACGUCAAUUUUACUUCCGGUCGACGUCCGUGUUGUCAAAAACGUCACUUGCUUAAGCUCACUAAUUGGUAUCACGUCGUCAGUGAUAUUGUGUGCUCAAAUAUAAUCUACACAACAUGUGCUAAAAUUGAUUAAAUGAAAAAAUCUAGGUGUAUAGGUAUUUAUCAGUUACUGUAGAUUUUGAAUGAGAUGCCUAGAUUUUCAACACAGAUUUUUAAUGAGAUACUGUACCUAGAUUCCCAGAGAAUUGUGACUAUGAGGCUGAAUGGCUGCUGGCCAGUCAUUAACCAAUUAAACCAAUUUAGCCAUGGUCUCUCGCGAGUUACAAACGGGAGUAAAUUCGUUCGCCAACAUGUUGACAAAUCGAAACUGCGUGAGACAAAUUGUUCGAGUUCAGAGGCCAGUUGUUCAAAGCUAUAGGGUAGCUUAACCCUAUAGCUAUAGGUUAGCUUAAUCGAAAGCCGAUUAUAGCCUUACCCUAGAUUAACUAGUUUAAAGCAAACUUCCUGACAGCUUGUCUAUACAUUUGGAAAUAUUUCUUCAGAGAUCUUGUGCGGAUCGAUAGGAGUUUACUUCGCCUCUGAAGUUUUGAAAUAAACAGGCGUGCAGAAGUAUACAAACUAAAACAGCAGGUUAAAUGCUAAGGAUUAGUGGAUUAGUGCUAACCCACCUUUGAACAACCAACCGGCCCUUGUGCGCUUAAUAUAAAUAUACUAUAUAAGCGCCCUGUUGGAGAUACAAUACAUCCCAAUUAUUAAAGGCCCCCUUAAAACAAAUUUAUUCUACCUACAACCUUGGGCAUAACCCUUGUUAACCAAUAUUGCAAUGUUAACGCACAUUGACAUAUAAACAACGCCGAAACAACUUUUGGCAAUUUACCAUGACACAAGCGCGACACGAUGACAUGAUUCAACAUGGAAUAUUGGAAUUUAUCAUAAGGGGUGUCACUCUCAAUCAGUUAUAUCCAAGAUUGUAGCUCCCGUGUGCCACAGUAUUUUUAAUCCUUCAAUUCUCUCACCAGAAGUUUGGAAAUGCGCAGUUCCGUUUUGGAAGCAGAUACAUAAUUGGCUUGCGUAUUUAAAAACGCCAGUGCCAACAUAAUUUGCGCAUUUUAAUUGUUCGCGAUAUCUCAAAUGUCGAGGAAAACAUGGAAAAUUAUAGCCUGUGUUAAUUAACACAGUCACAGGCUAGGAAAAUUAUCAAAACAAUUAUUAAACAGACGAUUAAAUAUAUAAUACUAUCAUUUACCAAAACAAUUACUGUAAGUAGACUGUAGACAAUUAAUUAAAUAUAUGAUAAUGAUUUGGACAAUUUGGUGCUCAAUGUGUUAAACGUAGAGCGGAAAUAUAAAGUGAAAGGAAAUAUAUUCAUAUUCAAAUCGCUUUCCCCUUGUGUUUUUC